CAAAGGAUGAGUAGUUGAAUGAAUGGUGAACUCGGAAACACGUACAAGAUGUCGCUAUACCUGUCUGAUGAUGACUUACCCGACCUCACAGCCAUUGUCGCUCCUCGACCACUCAUGGCCACGAGCACCAACGCGUCGGUCAGAAGAUCACCGCGAAAAAAAACUACCGCCGCGACGAAUGGGGCAAAAUCACCGCAAAAGAAGGACACUGCAGUGUGUAGCACCAAUCAAGGACCACCAAGAAACUUAGGAUCACAUCAACUUCCCGGUCGGUCGCCCGCAAAACGGACCAAGUCUUCGAAAGCGAUGUCGAUUGUCGAUGCGAUUCCUGCUCUUCCCCGAAAUUCGUCUACAACGGAGGUACUUCUCAGCUCCAACAAUCGUCGAUCAGGCGCAAGCCCCCAAGAAAGUCUUAGGUUAGCGCAUAUUGAUUCUUUGCUGCUACCACUGAAAUCUUUGGCGAUGGAAGAAAAGGAGGACCAGGAGGAUCCGCCGGUUUCAAGGCUGGUGUGGGCUACGGAACGUCUGCAGAGCGAUAACGGACCGUCCAAGUCGAGAAUGUCACGUAUAACAGAGGCUGCCAGAAAAUCGGCUUCAGAGAGAUCUGGGAAGCAUAAAGCAGGAGGCAAUGUCGCAAGCAGAUUUGUGCUCUCGGAGGCACGAUGUAAUGACGACGCUGAAAGCUCCAUGGAUGAAGAGGACGAAGAUGACGAUACCGAUCUUAGUGGCUUCAUCGUUGACGACGAUGCAGACUUGAGUUAUUAUGAAAGCUCAGCAUCUGAGGCAGAUGACGAUUGGAACGCUUCCCGCCCACAACCUUCACGAGCAUCACCUCGAAGGAGGCUUCACCGAGGUCGUCGUAGCGUACGACGCACAGAUCAUGCUGAUAAUGAGGCGACGGGUUCUGAGAAAGAAAACCAAGUUGCUGGUGGACUAGUCGAUGCCCUAAGAAAGAUGCGUCUGUGUGAGGACACAGAUGAGGCGAAACAGAGAACUUCAGAAGUAAUUGAUUUAACUACUUCACCUCUCAACUCACCUAACCUAACAUCAACCACGAUUCAGCGGAUGAACUCACCUCAAUUUCUCGGUCCCAAGGAUCCCUUUGCGGUCACAAGCACGAUUAAUGUCUUCGAUCCCCCGGUCAGGUUGACAGCACCAUCUGAGAAGCCUAGUCUCAAAGAUACUCCUCAGUUUGCUAUUGGAAGCACGAUGGAUAACAUGGAAGAUCAGGGAUCUGAAAAGAUUCCAGCUGACAGUGAACUCAAAACACCACCCAAAACACCACCCAAGUCCCCAGUCAAACUGAAGUCACCUUCCAAGUUGUUGUCUCCAUCCAAACGACAAUUUAUCCCCCGGUCACCUCAUCGUCAAAGUACCGAUGCUUUUUGGGACCAUAACAUGGUUAAUGAGUGGAACGACGAGUACUCUCCAAAGAAAGCUCCGACAACAUCUCCAAGGAAAAUUGGUCUUGCUAGGUAUCAGAUCUGGUCCGACUCUAAAGACAACCAGGACCAAGAUAUGUCCAGUUCAGACUCUCUUCCAAGCCCUUGCACGUCGCCUCGAAAAGCAACAGGCAGAGGAAGGUCACCCAUGAAGAGCCCCGAAAAGGAGGAAAAGAAGCGUCAAGCCGAGGAGAAACGAGCCGCGCUGGCCAAAAAGAGAGACUUCGACAGUCGUAAGGUCCAACUCGCCAUUGACCUUCUGAGCGAACUCGACCUGGGUGUGGCUGAUUCGAAACUCGGAAGGCUAGCUGCAAGCACCGGCGGAGUGAAAAUCAUAUGGUCCAAGACGCUUCGAUCGACAGCAGGCCGAGCAAACUGGAAGCGAAGUGUGACAAAGGUCUCCGGGUCACCAGUCAAGGGUGGAGAGGUCAACGGUCCCGGGGUGAAAGUUCAGCACUUUGCCAGCAUCGAACUUGCCGAGAAGAUCAUCGACUGUGAGGAUCGCCUCGUCAACACGGUUGCUCACGAGUUUUGUCACUUGACAAACUUCAUGAUCAGCAACGUCCGUGACCAGCCACAUGGAGCCUCGUUCAAACAGUGGGCUGCGAAAGUCACGUCUCAUUUGAGGAGGAGUGAUGUCGAGAUCUGGCGUCAAGCCGAGGUCACCACGAAGCACAGCUACGUCAUCAACCACAAGUACCUGUGGGUGUGUGCCGGCAGAGACCUUUCGGCGGCAAUGGCCUUUCUCAACAUCGAAGAAGACGAGGGCUGCGGCGCUGAGUACGGCCGACACAGCAAGAGCAUUGACCCGGAGAAGCAUCGUUGUGGGAGGUGUAAAGGUCGUUUGGUUCAGGUACGACCGAAGCCCAGAGCCAGCCCACGGAAGAAGAUGGCAAGUCCCUUGAAAAGAGAAGGCAGCACAGAGAGUACGAAUUCCAGUUCGAGAAUGAGUGCAGGGAGUGACAGUACCGGCACCGUGGGAAGAAUGAUUGACUAUGUCGAGUUGAGUGAUUAAGUUGACUACCGACCACCGAGGGUCAAGGAUGGGGAAUUGGAAAUCGACAAGCUUGGAUUUGUCCUGUACAACAUACACACACCCACGCUGUGUAAACACACGAUUCCAUGAUGACGGGGCGUUGGUCGAUUUCUUGUUGUAUGCUAAUAAUUGGUUUCAUUGGGUUGGAGAAUAUCGGGAAACCAGACCAAGAUCAAAAUUGAUGACAGCAUCGCAUUGCAUUGCAUCGGGGAAGAUCAUAACAUUGUACAUUGGUCCAGAAAAGAUUGGAUAUGUCCAACUCGGAGAAACAUGACAUGAAUUCUAUGGACAGUUUUGUUUUGGAACAAUGGGGACUUCUUAUGGGACUAGUUGAAUGUCGGUAGCCGUGGUCCCUAGAU